CAAUCCCAGGACCCUGGGAUCAUGACCUGACCCAAAGACAGACACUCAACUGACUGAGCCACCCAGGCGCCCCCUGGAAAAUGCAUUUAUUCCCCACCCUCCACCAGUGCAUUUCACAACUGCUUUGAAACUAUAUUCCACUAGAAGAUAGACUAGAUCAUGGUCAGAUGGUUUACAUUUAGUUUUCUAAAGGAAACAAGUAGGAAAUAUAAGUGAAGAACUUUAAGAAGCUCAAGGCUGAGGGUGACGAACGAUUAAUUUAUCCACUCAACAAUCACUCAUUGCUUUCCUACACAGUGCAUAAAACACUGGACAGUGCAGAGAAUCCAAGCAAUGGAAUAAUCUGGAAGAGAAAAUAUCUUGUGACAACCUAUCUCCACUCCACCCAGAUUUCUUUUUCGUAUAACAAAUAUGUAAUGAGCACAAUUAUUCAAUUAUUUCUAUACUAAUGAGUUUUCAGUAUGCAUAAAUCAUUUACUGGUUGAGCUGGUCAAAAAAGGGGGGCCAUGAUAUUUUGAGUGAAGAGAGUGAACUUUUCAACUGCAACACCCAUUUCAUGACCUAUAAAAGGCCAACCUUUCUGCCUUACUGACACUGCUUCUUCUCAGGUUGUGGCCCCCUUCCCAGGGCUGUGGAUCUUUCCAGCAACACCAUGUCUCUCUCAGUGCCCACCUCCGGGCUGCCCCGGCGGCUGUCUUCCCAGAGCAGAGCCAGGGGCGCGUCUGCUUCCAUUGUUGGCAGUAGCUAUGGGGGGAGCACCUUUGGCUUUGGAGACAGCUUUGGGGGAGGCUUUUCUACUGCUUCCAUGUUUGGUCCUAGUUCUGGCUUUGGUGGUGGCUCUGGAAUUUCCCUUGCAGGAGGACUGGGCACUGCUUAUGGGGGAGCCCUGGGAGGUGGCUCUGGAGGUCUGGGAGGUGGCUUUGGAGGUCUGGGAGGUGGCUUUGGUGGCCUGGGAAUUGGAUUUGGGGGAAGCGCAGGAGGUGGCUUUGGAGGUAUUCUCUCUGGCAAUGAUGGAGGCCUUCUUUCCGGAUCUGAAAAGGAAACCAUGCAAAAUCUUAAUGAUAGAUUGGCUUCCUAUCUGGAUAAGGUUCGAGCUCUAGAAGAGGCUAAUACUGAGCUAGAAAACAAAAUUAGAGAAUGGUAUGAAACACGAGAAUCUGGGACUGGAGACGCCGGGUCACAGAGUGAUUACAGUAAAUAUUAUCUAUUGAUCGAAGACCUCAGGAAUGAGAUCAUUUCUGCCAGCAUUGGAAAUGCCCAGCUCAUCUUGCAGAUCGACAAUGCAAGACUGGCUGCCGAAGACUUCAGAAUGAAGUAUGAGAAUGAGCUGGCCCUGCACCAGAGCGUGGAGGCCGACAUCAACGGCCUGCGCCGGGUGCUGGACGAGCUGACCCUGGCCAGAGCCGACCUGGAGAUGCAGAUCGAGAACCUAACAGAAGACCUGGCCUACCUGAAAAAGAACCAUGAAGAGGAGCUCCAAAGCUUCCGGGCAGAUGGCCCAGGGGAGAUCAGCGUGGAAAUGGACGCUGCUCCAGCGGUGGACCUCACCAGGCUCCUCAACAACAUGAGGGAGCAGUACGAAGCCAUCGCUGAGCAGAAUCGUAAGGAUGCAGAGGCCUGGUUCAUUGAAAAGAGUGGGGAGCUCAGGAAGGAGAUCAGCACCAACACCGAGCAACUUCGGUCCAGCAAGAAUGAGGUCACCGACCUGAGGCGCGCAGUUCAAAACCUGGAGAUCGAGCUCCAGUCCCAGCUAGCCACGAAGAAAUCCCUGGAGGUCUCGCUGGCCCAAGUGGAGGGUGACUACUGCGGCCAGCUGUCCCAGGUGCAGCAGCUCAUCGGCAGCCUGGAGGAGCAGCUGCUCCAGGUGCGCGCCGACACUGAGCACCAGAACACCGACCACCAGAGGCUGCUGAACGCCAAGGCCCGCCUGGAGCUGGAGAUCGAGACCUACCGUUGCCUCCUAGAUGGCGAGGCCCAAGGUGACGGUGUCGAUGAAACUUUACCUGUGACAGAACCCAAACCUCAAACACAAUCAGUCGACUCCUCUAAAGACCAAACUAAAUUGCGGAAAAUCAAGACAAUUGUGCAGGAAGUGGUGAACGGUGAAGUGGUCUCAUCUCAAGUUCAGGAAGAACUAAUGUAAAAUUUCACAAGAUCUGCCCCAUAGUUGUUCCUUAGGAACAGGAAAUUUACAAGUAGAAAUUAUCCCUUUCUGAGUAAGAUACUAUAUUAGUUCAAUUCUACUUUAGUCUGCUUCAUUUUCCUUGGAUUCCCUAUUCACUUUGAGUCCCUUUUGCUCUUUAAUUACAAGUCACUAUGGCCAUGUUGGUCUUUAUAACAAGCCAAAAUCACCUUAUAUCUUUCUGGACCUGGUGUAGUCUUCUAAUAAACUUUCUUUUGGUGACCUGGAACAUACUUUAAUCACAGGAUUUUGAUCAAGUAGUAUUGUUUUAAUAGAAUCAAAUAAAAGAUAAAUGGUAAU